CCCAUCUGAGGAACAGGAGCAGGUGGAUCACAGGCUUCUUCAGAACGGCCACAGCGGUUUUUUCCGGACGAGAUGAAGACAUUUGGACUCAGCUGGACAGGAAACUGAGCCACCCAGCCAAUCAGGAUGGAGAAGGUGGAGAGAGAGGAAGAUGGAGCAGGGCGAGUCAGAGAGCUGCAGGAGCAGCGGAUGUCUGUGCAGAAGAAGACCUUCACCAAAUGGAUGAACAGUGUCUUCUCCAAAAAUGGGGAAGACAUGGUUCUGACGGAUGUCUACACAGAGCUGAAGACAGGCGUCAUCCUGGUUCGUCUUUUGGAACUCAUCUCCCGUCACACCCUGCCAACACCCAGCCGCAGAACGCUCCGCGUUCACUGCCUGGAAAACAACAGCAUCGCUAUCAACUUCCUGAAAACCAAGAUUCGGGUGGAUUUGAUUGGUCCAGAGAAUGUGGUGGAUGGGGACAGAACGCUGAUCCUGGGUCUUUUGUGGAUCAUCAUCCUCAGGUUCCAGAUCGGCGCCAUUAAUCUGGAGGAGACCGGUGGAGGUGCGAGCGUUGCCCGUCGCUCAGCUAAAGAGGCCUUGUUAAUCUGGUGUCAGAGGAAGACGGCCGACUACCACAACGUCAACGUACAAGACUUCUCUGCCAGCUGGAGAGACGGGCUCGCCUUCAAUGCCCUCAUCCAUGCUCACCGGCCAGACCUUUUCGACUACUGCCAUCUCCAAAAUGACGCUAAACGCAACCUCGGCCACGCCUUCUCGCUGGCGGAGAGGGAGUUUGGGAUCAUGCAGCUGCUGGAUGUGGAAGACAUGGUGGUCCCCCGCCCAGACGAGAAGUCCAUCAUGACCUACGUCUCCCUCUACUACCACUACUUCUCCAAGAUGAAGCAGGGACAGACGGUCCAGAAGAGGAUAGCCAAGAUCGUUGGGAUGCUGAAGGAGUUGGAUGACAUGAAGACUCAAUAUGAGAAAAUGGUCUCGGAGCUGCUGCACUGGAUCAGAACCAAGGUGGUCCAGCUAAAUGACAGAACCUUCCCCAACUCACUGAGGGAGAUGCAGACACUGAUGACAGCCUUCAAGUGCUACCGCACCGUGGAGAAGCCUCCGAAAUACCAGGAACGCGGGGCAAUCGAAGCUCACCUGUUCAGUCUGAAAACUCAGCUGGCAGCUAACAACCAAUGGGCUUACAUUCUGCCAGAGGGUAAAACCCUGGGUGACAUAGAAAAGAACUGGGCUCUACUGGAGAAAGCAGAACACGAAAGGGAGAAAGACCUGCAGGGGGCGCUGUUACGCCUGGAGCACCUUGAACAGCUGGCUCAGAAGUUCGGAAGGAAGGCGGCACUGAGAGAGAGUUACCUGGAGGACACGCUGAGGCUGAUCCGGCGGCAGAACGUCAGCAGUCUCUCCGGCCUGGAGGAAGCCCAGGCGGCCACUCGCCGCCUGGAGGCCCUGCAGACUGACGCUGUGGCCCGGGAGCCACGCUUCACCGCCCUCCGAGACAUGGCGCGGUCCAUAGAGCAGGGCAACUACCACAGCAAGGAGCAGGUCACCAGGAGGGAGGAGAGUAUCAGUCGUCGUUGGAAGGACCUGCUACGGCAGCUGGAGGAGCACAGGGUGCUGCUGGGAAAUGUAGUUAAAACCUUCAGCAUCCUGCGAGACAUCGAUCUUGUCUCACAGGAACUCAAGGAACUACAGGUACUGGCCACGUCCUGUAAGUAUGGAAAGCAGCUUGCGGAGGUGGAGGCUCUGCUGCAGAAGCAGGAUCUUUUGGAGGCUCAGAUCUCCGCCCAUGGAGAAACCAUCACCGUCAUCAGCAGCAGCUCUCUCAAGGGGAAGGCGAGAGACGCCCAGCAGAUCCAGACCAGAGUCAAGGCCCUCAACGCCCAGUAUAACUCACUGGUUUCCCUCAGCAGCACCAGGAGGAAGCAGUUGGAGGGCCAGCUGCAUUUGUUUGAGUUCUUCAAUGACUGUGAGGAGUUGGAAGCCUGGGUCUAUGAACGCUGGCUGAGCCUGCAGACAGCUGGACUGGGACGGGACCUCAACCAAAUACAACUGGCCAUACAGAGACACAAGGUUCUGGAGGCUGAGGUUCUGGCUCACGAUACUGUCUGUCAGGAGCUCCUGUCUCGGGGUCAGGAGCUGGGCUCUAAACAGAACCAGCCCAGCCAGCGAGCUGUCCACAAGUGGGUCAGAACCCUGAAGAGGCAGUGGAGACACUUGCUGGAUGAGGUGACGGGCCGCAGGAACAGACUGCAGGCCGCCGCCGCCAUCAAACAGUACUUUGCAGACCUAGCGGAGGCCGACUCCUGGCUGGUGGACAGAAAACCGCUGCUGACCAGCCAUGAUCAUGGGAAGGAUGAGUCGAGCACGGCAGUGCUGCUGCAGCGCCACCUGCGGUUGGAGAAGGAGAUGUCGGCUUACGCUUCGGAGAUUAGACGUUGCGGAGAACAGGCCAGGAACGCCGCCCAGCUCGUUCCUCUCACAGUGGAACCCCAGCAGAAUAAGAUGAACCAGUACAGCGAUUCAUCCAGUGAGGAGGAGGGGCCAGGAGCAGUGACAUCAUCAUCCAGAGGUGGGGAGCCUGCGGUGACCUCCUCCUCUCAGAGGUGGGAGAGCAGAGCUAAGGUCCGCUUCAGGUACACCAGAGGGGCGUUUCAGUGGGAGCAUAAUGAGAUCGUCAUCAUCAUCAGCAAGGAGCUGGAUGAAGACCAAGUCCUGGCUAGAGACAUCAGAGGAAACCAGCAGCUCAUCCCCAAGACGUACCUGAACCUCCUCCCAGCCACUGCCUGAACCAAUCUUCUUCCUUAUUUACAGACCCCGCCCACCAACCUGCCUCACUCCACCAAUGGCGUGACAGAGGGCCCUACCACGAAGUUGAGUUGUCCAAGGCAUAAACGGUCGAUGCGUCGUGGCACGGCUGAGAUCCAGACAACAUGGCUGCCAGACCCCCAUUACCAGAGAGACACCAUAGAGAAAACACAGGCCGGUCUGGAUCAAAACUACAACUCCCUGUACAGCCUGGUUAAGUCUAAGAGAAGGAUCCUGGAGGAGACGCUGCGUUUACAUCAGUUCUACAACAGCUGCCAGGAGUUUGACUCCUGGAUGGAGGACAAGGAGAACAUCCUCAAGACCCUCAGCACCUCUGCUGACAGCAUGGGAGUGGUCCAGGCCAAGUACGAGAACUUCCUAACUGAGCUGGGGACUGGGCAGGGUCAGCUGGAUGACAUCAUCAGAGUGGCAGAUGAGCUGGUGAAGGCGCGGCACAGCAAGCAGAGAGAUAUCCUGGCGAGACAGAGACAGGUGUCCCACAGGUGGGAGCAGAUCCAGCAGCUGAAGGAGGAGAAAGGCCAUGAGCUGCUCAGCACAGCUGAUGUUCACUCCUUCCUGCAGUGCUGUGAAGAGGCCAGAGCCCAGCUCCAUGUCCAACUGGGCCAGCUGGAUGCCGUGGACGCCGGCUGCUCGUCCGCCGGCCUGCAGGCUGAGGAGUGGAAGCAGGCGCAGGCCCUCAGAGACAUCCACACCCUGGAGGGAAAGAUAGCCUACCUGAAGAGCGUGGCCAAGAUGAAGCAGGACUGCAGUCCGGCAGAGAGUGCAGCUAUCAUGCAGGAAGUUCACGGUCUGGAGGCUCUGCUGAAACAGGUGAAGCUGCAGGCUGCAGACAGACAGUGCCUCCUUGAGGAGACCAGGAGGCUACACAGCUUUCAGAAGCAGGCCAAGGCACUGCAGCUGUGGGCGGGGUCAGUGCAGGACCGCCUCCUGGAGGAGGAGUCAGCUACAGACGUGGCCUCCGCACUUACCCUGCUGGAGCAGCACCAGGAGCUUCGGCUGGAGAUGGGGGAGUGGAGACUGGGAGAAAUUGAGACACUGGGGAAAUCUCUCCAGCUGACCUUUGCUGGGAAGAAAGAAGGCGCUGACAUCCAGCAAACCCUGGACAAGCUCCUUUCUGAUUGGUCCAAGCUGGACAUGAUGUGGACGAAUAGGAACAGGCUAUUGGAGCAGGGGGUGGAGCUCCAGAGAUUAAACCAGGAAGGAGACCGAAUUGAAGCAGCAGUGUCUGGACACGAGGCCCGGCUAAGAGUCACAGACCUCGGGGACUCGGUGGACAGCGUUCGCAGUCUGCUGGGCAGACAGGAAGAGGUGGAGGGUCUUAUUAAAGCUCUGGAUCAACGGAUCAGCAGUUUUACUGAACGCAGCCUGGAACUCAUCGCAAAACACCACUACGCCACCAAACACAUCCAGGAGAGGAGUGACAGCAUCAAUGAGGCCAACAGGAAGCUGGGAGAGAUGAGCAAAGAGAGGAGGAACCUCCUAUUGGCCUCCAUGAAAUACCAGGAGUUCCUGAGGGAUGGGGAGGAGCUGCUGCUGUGGAUGGAGGAAAAGUUUAAGGUUGCGGAGGACGAGUCGUACCGUGAUCCCACCAACAUCCUCCGUAAACUGAAGAGACACGAGGCAGCAGAGAGAGAGAUGCAGGCCAACCAGGUUCGACUAGACAGACUACUGCAGCUGGGAGAGGAGAUGUUGGCUGAGGAGCCCUAUAGCAGUCAGAAUAUUCAGAGGAAGUUGUCACAGGUCAGCAGCAGAUGGACUCAGCUACAAAACAAGAUGGCUGAAAGAGGAGACAAACUCAGACAGGCUGGCCAGCAGGAACAACUCAUGGAGCUGCUACAGGAUGCCAAACUGAAGAUUGAGGCCAUCCAGCGCAUGCUGCAGAAUGCCGUCAAAGGUCGUGACCUUCGUUCCAGUCGACAGCUACUGAAGGAGCACCAGCAGCUGGAGCAGGAGGCUCAGGAGCUGGCUGAGAAGAUAAACUCCAUCGUCAGCCGGGCCAAACAUCUCGCCUCCACCCACUUUGACUCCCAACGGCUGCUCCAGGAUACAGACACCUACCUCCGACUCUUUAAGUCUCUCCAGGGGCCGUUGGAGCAGCGGCGGGUACAACUGGAGGCGUCGGUGGUUCUGUUUGGGUUCUAUCAUGAUGUGGAUCUGGAGCUGAGCUGGAUCACAGAACACCAGCCAGUCUCUGGUUCUACAGGGAGAGACAAGUCUCUGGCUGGCGCCCUCAGCCUGAUGCAGAAACACAAGGAGUUGCAGGCAGAGGUGAAUGCCCACCGUAAACACCUAAAUCAGAUCCUGGAAAAAGGGCGGAGCCUAAGAAAACUCAGUCGAUCAGAUGGAGGGGAGGUGCAGCAGAGGUGUAACCAACUGCAAGAUGAAUGGGAGGACCUGGAGGAGGCAUGUGAGAAGAGGGCAGUUCACCUCAACAAGGCUGUCACCAGAGAGCAGCUGCUGCUGGACUGUGCAGAGCUGGAAUCCAGACUAACAGAGACUCUGACUCUGGUUCAGUCUGAGGACUAUGGAAAGAACGAGCUGGCCACCCAGAACCUCAUCACCAAGCACCAGGUGUUGGAGGGUCAGCUGGAGGUGCUGCAGACGGAGGUGGAGAUGUUGGGGCAGCAGGUGGAGCAGGCUGUGAGGGAGUGGAGUCUGGAGGAACUCAACAGACCCUACAGCCGCCUCAGCAGCCUGGCUCAACAGCUCCACCAUCAAGCAGCUCUCAGAGGCCAGCGGCUGACGGACGUCCUCCAUCUUCACGACUUCAUCCGGGAAUCGACAGAGAUGGAGGAAUGGCUGAACCAACAGAGGCAGACAGCGGCUUCUCAGGACCUGGGAAAUGACUACCAACAUGUACAGGUUCUGCGGGGGAAGUUCGAGAGCUUCGUGAAGCAGGUUUUGGUGGGGGAGGAGCGGCUGCAGGGCUGUGAGGAGCUCGCUGACCGCCUGCUGCGACACAGACACACUCGCAGUGACACCAUUACACACUCACGACACACACUCAGGGCAUCAUGGGAGGAGCUGCAUGCCAUGGUCAGGGAGCGUCAGGAGCAGCUGCAGACUGCAGAGGAGUGUCACCGAUUCAACCAAGAACUGAGUGAUGCAUUAGCACAUAUACAGGAGCGACAGAAGAGUAUUCCGGAUGACGUAGCGAGGGACCUGAGAGGAGUGAUGUCACAGCUGAGGAAGCAUGAGGCUCUGCUCCAUGAACUGGCAACCACCGAGCAACAGGUCCAGGAGCUUUUGGACGGUGCUGACUCCAUCCUGGACCUCUGCUCUCAACACUUAAGGCUCUGCCUCCAGGAAGUGCAACAGGAAGUGGUAGAGAGCUGGGAGGAGCUUCGGCUUCACACUGAGGAGAGAGAGGCGGAGCUUAAGUUUGCCUGCUGGAGAUACCUGUUCCUAAACACGGUUCAGGACUACAUGCUGUGGUGCAGCCAGGUUGGAGGAGCGAUGGCUGCAGAGGAGAGCAUCAGUGAUGUGGCCACAGCCGACCUGCAGCUGGCCCAGCACCACCAGCUGUGGGCGGAGAUAGAGAGCUGGCAGACGACCUAUCGGCAAGCCCUGGACAUGGGGGAGGAACUACAAAAGGAGGACCGGGCCAAUAGAGGAGAGGUGUCUGAGAAGAUGCAGGCGCUCCGUGCAGAGCGAGAUAAACUGGCGGAGCAGUGGAAGAGAAAGCAUGGCUGGUUAGAGACCACACACCUGGAGCAGGUCUUCUACAGAGACACAGACAGCAUGCACAAGACCACAAACUCACAGGAGGUCCUGUUGCAGAACAGCGCCCUGGGCAGUACAGUGGAUGAAACAGAGGUUCUGAUCAGACGUCAUGAGGCCUUUGAGAAGCUGCUGUCCUCCCAGGAGGACAAGUUCUCCUCUGUGAGGGAGCUGGCAGACAGACUAAAGAAGGAGCUGAGCAGAGAGAAGAGUGGGCAGAUCCAAACCAAGCUCAAGACUCUCCUCCAGCGACGUGAGAGGAUCAAGGAGCUGUCCGUCAAGCGCAGGGAGGAGCUGGAGCUCUUCAGGCGGCUGUGUAUCUUCAACCGCGAUGCUGCCGAGGCACAGGAGUGGGUGGGUGAGCGGAUGCAGAAGAUGGUGGAGGACAGUAAGAUGGAGCUCAGCAGCCUCCGGAUGAAGAUGAAGCUGCUUCAGAAACAUCAGGUGUUUGAAGCGGAGAUCCUGGCACACAGCAAGAUCAUCAGUUCUGUGCUGCGGAUGGGAGAGGAGCUGGCCUCCCUGCAUCACUCCUGCUCCAGGGAGGUGCGUCGGGGCGUGGCGGCCCUGCAGCGCCACUGGGAGGAGCUGAAGAGCGCCGCGGUCGCCCGAGGGAAAGUUCUAGAAGACAACAGAGACCUCCUGGAGUUUCUACAAAAGGUGGAAGAGGUGGAGGCUUGGAUAAGACACAAGGAGGUGAUGGUGAAUAUAGGAGAUGUUGGAACAGACUAUGAGCACGGCAUCCAGCUACUGAAGAGACUCAGUGAGUUUCAUGGAUCUGGUUCUGGGGAAGUGACUGUGGACGACGCCCACAUCAAAGCCAUUAACAGAAUGGCAGACAGACUGGAGAAGAGACGGAGCACUGAUGACCUGCAUACUGUCACACAGAGGAGACGACAGCUCAACGAGAAGUGGAGCAAGUUCCAUGGAGACUUGAGCAGUUACAGGAAGAAGCUGGAGGAGGCGCUGGUGAUCCACGCCCUCAUCCGAGAACUGGAGGAGAUCAGGGACAGAACCAAUGAGAAGAUGCUCCUCUUACAGGGUCAGGGCUGUGGUGUGGAUGUGGAGAGCGUGGAGAACCUGACCAGACGCCAUGAGGAGAUGGAGAGAGAGGCCAGGUUGAUCCAGGAGAGGUCAAAGACUCUGGACCAGGACGUCUCCGCUUCGCUGAAGCCUCGCUCAGUACUGGCUGACAGACUGAGGAGCAAACAGAAAGACGUCCAGACUGCUGUCAAGAUGCUGGACAAGGCGGUGAAACUCAGGAAGGAGAAACUCCAGGAGGCCCACCAGCUCCAGCUGUUCAAGGCCAACCAGCGGCUCCUUCUGGAGUGGAGUGCAAAGCAGAGCAGUGACAUGGGACAGAAGGGUCUGCCGAAGAAUCGAGUGGAGGCGGAUAGACUGACAGUAGAGCAUCAGGACUGGAAGACAGAGAUAGAUGCCCGCUGUGAGCGGAUUGACUCAGUUCGUGACUUUGGUCUGGGUCUGGUGCGGUCGGGUCACGGUUCCGAAGUAGAGAUCCGGAAGGCUCUCAGCCAGCUGGAGGAGGCCAAGAAUGGACUGAUCCAGGCCUGGCAGAACCGCAUGAUGACUCUGGAGCAGGCUCAGGCCCUGCAGCUCUUCAUUGGCUCUGUGGAACAGAACGACAACUGGCUCAGCAACAAGGAAGCCUUCUUGGCCAAUCAAGAUCUCGGGAACUCGGUCAGCGAGGUUGAGACACUGCAGAGGAAACAUGCUCAGUUUGAGGAGGUCCUAGAGGCUCAUCUGGAGCAGCUGGGGGAGGUGGAGAGACUGGCUCAGCGGAUGAUCCAGCAGAACCACUAUGAUGCCACAGACAUUAGUGCCAAGAGCCAGGCACUCACCACCAGGAAGAACAAACUGCUGGAACAAAGCAAAUCAUACAGGAGAGCUCUGGACGAAUCACUGCAAAUACAACAGUUUCUGUCCAACAGCUAUGAGGUGUGUGUGUGGCUGAACGAGCGUAAUGCUGUGGCGCUGGAUGAGAGCUGGAGAGAACCGACCAACCUCCAGGCUAAACUCCUCAAACACCAAAGCUUUGAGGCUGAGAUCCUGGCCAGCUAUCACAGAGUGGAGACCCUCACCAAGGAAGGGGAGAGGAUGAUUUCCUGUGGUCACUCUGCUGAAGAGAAGCUCCGCCCCCGAGUCAGGGAAAUGGUUGACAGCUGGGACUCUCUGUUAGUACACUGCAAGGAGAAGAAAACCAGACUACAGCAAGCUUAUCAGGCGCUGCAGUUCCAGCGUUCAUUGGAUGACAUGGAGGAUUGGGUGGGCUCUGUGGAGAGAGAUCUGGCCAGUGAGGACUGUGGGAGCGACCUGCCAUCUGUCAGCAGACUGCUGAAGGCAGUACAGGGGUUGGAGGAGGAGGUUGACGGACAGCGUGACAGAAUUCAGGGUCUGGUGGAGACGGCAAAGAGUUUCCUUUCUGAAGGGAACUUCCUGGCGGAGGAGAUCCAGACCAGAGUGGCACACCACAUCACCAGGUACAACGGUCUGGAGGAGCUGCUGCUGUCUCGCAGGGAAACUCUGGAGUCAUGGCAGCUUCUCUUCCAGUUCUACAGAGACCUGGAGGAGGAGAUGGCCUGGCUGACAGAGAGACUGACUCACACUUCCACCAAAGAGCUGGGCAACACGCUGACCAACACACAGCAGAUGCUGCAAAAACACCAGGCUGUGAUGCAGGAAAUCUCAAGCCGUGCCCCGUUGGUCCAGGCAGUGCAGGAGGCGGGACAGAACCUGGUCAGAGGUUGUCACUUUGCAUCACUUGACAUCACAGACCGCCUGGCUGAGCUGAGGAAGGUCUUUGAGGAGCUGAAGGAUGAAGCAGAGGACAAGGCGAGGCUGUUACAAGAGGCUCUCAGCAUCCACACCUUCCUCAAUGAGGUGUCAGAGCUGGACCUCUGGCUGCAGGAGCAGAGGGGGGUUCUGGACUCCCGGGAUUGUGGGAGGAGUGAGGAGGUGACGGAGGCCUUGCUGAGGAAACUGGAUUCUCUGGACAUGGAGCUGGAGAGUCUGAGGGGGAAGGUGGAGCGGCUGCAGGAAACUGGAGCAUCUCUGCAGCACCUCCAUCAUCCUAAAAGCCACCUGGUCGCCAAGUCUCUCCCCGAGCUUCUGGAGCAAUACGAGACCUUCCUGCGUCUGUCCACCUCUCGUCGCGCCUCCCUGGACGACCAGCUCCGCCUCUACGUGUUUGAGCGAGAGGCCAAAGAACUACAAACAUGGUUGACCUCCAAGAAGAGUCUGGCUGAAUCUGAGGACUGCGGGCAAGAUCUGGAGGAUGUGGAGGUUCUCCAGGAGAAAUUAGAGGUUCUGGUGUCGGAGGUGUCCGCUCUUGGUCGGAGCCGGCUCACCUCGGUGCAACAGCUGGGUCAGAACCUGCAGGCGCUCGGCACGGCCCGGCGUAGGGAGGCAGAGCUCAGCCGGCAGUGGGACGAGCUGAACCACAGUAUCAGAACCAGGGAGCAGAACCUGCGUGCGGCGAGGGAGGUGCAUCAGUUUAACCACGACGUCGACGAGCUGAAGAGCUGGAUGGCCGAGAAGGAGGCGGUUCUGGACUCUGAAGACCAAGACCCCGACCUGCUCGCCACCCAGACUCUACUGAGAAAACACCAGGCGCUGGAGAGGGACCUGGCUGCCAUAUCGGAGGAGGUUUCCAGGGGCAGAGAGGAGGGCCGGGCUUUGGGCAGACAGCAGCCCCGGGUCAGGGCCGUCCUGGCCAGGAGGCAGGCGGAGGUAGAAGCCUGCUGGGCGCGUCUCCAGGACAAGGCGUCCCAUUGCCGGGCCAGACUGGGCCAGGCCGAGGCUGUGCAAAGAUACAUGACCCACUGGACAGAACUCAUGGCCUGGCUGAGAGAGAUGCUGUCUCUGGUGCGAGGGGAGGGCCUCGGAGGGGAGGGAGCCGACCCGGAGCAGCUAAUCAGAAAGCACAACGAGUACCGUGCCCAGAUGGACAGGCAGAUCGGCAAAUCGCAGGCUGUGAAGGAUGAAGGGAGGCGCUUGUGGGAAGAGGACAACUUCAUGAGCCAUGAGGUGGAGGAGCGCGUGUGUGAGCUGGAGAAGCUUGAGGUGCAGGUCGAGGAGGUCUGGGAGGAGACCAGGGUGAUGUUAGAAGAGGAGCUGGAGAUGGUUCUCUUAAGGAGGGAGUUGGAGCAAGCAGAGCGCUGGCUGAGCUCCUAUGAGAGCACACUGCGAGCCGAGGACUAUGGGGACUCUCUGUCUGAUGUUAUGGAGCUGCUGAAGAAGCAGGAGGACCUGGAGGCCAUGAUCCAGGCCCACAGUGACCGCUUCAGUGCACUACAGAAGAAGAGAACGAAGAGGGAGAGGAGGCUCGGUUUCCAUGAUGAUGAUGAGGAAGAUAUUCUGGACAAGCCUCCAGCCAGGGUUUCUUCUCUGAAGAGGAAGCCGUCCGACAUCACCUCCUCGUCCUCCAGAGGCCUGGUCCACCGAGCUCCUGCAGGAGGUCCACGUCCCACAGCCAAACCCCCCUUGGCUUUGAAGCCACGAAUCCCCUUCAAAGAGUCUAAGUUGACACGUCCCACUGAGCUCACCCACUUUCUACCCAAUAACCAACCAGUCGACAUUUCAAGUUCACCCGACUUGUCUUCACCAAUCAGAAAGCUUGUCGCUCUCAUGGAACUGCCUCCUCCACCAAUCACAGAAAGGCAAACGCACUUAGAUCCCCUUGACUCACCAACAAGGAAAAAGCUUGCUGAUGUUGUAUCUCAUGAAUCGACAACCAAGAACCAGCUUGAGCUUUCUGAUCCUGCAGCUCCACCACUCACAGAGCAGAUUACACCACCGGACACACCUGCUGCAUCUGACAGGAAGGCGGAUAAUGGAUCAACUGACCUGUCUCAUCCAAAGGGAGAGUUGACCCCACCCACUCCACUGCUACAAAGGAAGUUAGAAGAUCUUGCGGAAGAGCCCGUCAGUCUGUCAUCUCCCGCAUCUAAGGCCGGGACAGGGCUUCCACUCAGAAUGGAAGGAAUGCUGGAAAUUAAGCUGAAACAGCCUGGAAACAAGAGUCUGGAGAACUGGGAGGCCUUCUACGCCACUCUGGAGGGAGAGACACUGUUCUUGUUUAAAGACAGACAGGCUGCUGUGGAGAGGACCUCUAGGUGGCCUCCUAUCAGCAUGGCAAGGGCCACUUGUAAGGAGAACCUGUAUUACCGCAGAAAGGAGCACACGUUCAAACUAUUACUGGAGGAUGGAAGCCAGUUUGUGUUUGCGGCGUCCAGCCAGCUGCAGCUGCUCUGGGUGAAGGAGCUGCAGGACUUCACCAAGUCUGCCGGCAGCGACUCGGACGACUCCGGGUACGACUCCUCUGCACCACACCUCCUCUUUCACACCACCAUUUAA